GAGGUCCAGGCGCAGGUCUCGGAGGCGGAGGCGCUGCUCCGGGAGGCGCGCGAGGCGCGCGCGCAGGCCGAGGCGCUCCGCAGGGAGGCCCAGGAGGCCGAGGAGGCCCGGACGCAGGCCGCAGGGGCCGACGCGCUGCUGCGGCAGGCCCAGGAGGCGCGCGACCGGGCGGCGCGGGACCUCGCGCGCGCGCGGGGCGCCGGCGGCGGUGCCGCUGCGGGCGCCGAGGCGCAGGGCAGGCAGGCCGCCGCCGUCGACGGCGCUGACGACGCCAUGACAAUGAUCGAGGCUUUUUUGAUGGCAGGACCGGCUAUUUCCCCUGGAUUGGUGUGGCAAGUGUCUGCAAGGACUAUCAUGGACUUAAUCAUAGCAGAGGGACUACUAUCCCAGUAGAGGGGCUACUAUGCUGAGCUUCCAAGCUUAAUCAUCGUAGAGGGGCUACUUUGAUGAAGUUUAGGUGUGGAUCGAGUUGAUCGAGGGCUACUAUGAUGGUUUAAAGG